GAUAUCCCGACGCGAUCACUUUGUUCAAUGAAAAAAAUGCAGACGCGCGAAUUACUUGCAAACUCAACACCAAACAAGUUUCAAUUUCGCCUAAAAGAGAAUCAUAUUGUUCACAUACGCUAAAGUACAAGGCUAACGCCAUGUCCGUUCAAGACGUACUAUGGAUCGUACUCACGGUGCAGUUGAGUUUUGGUCUUGCGUAUUUUGAAAACAAUCAAAGGACGCAGGACUAUGAUGUCGAUAAAAAUGGUUCUGUACACCACAAAAACUGGGUGCGUAACGAAAUGAUGGACAGCUUGGGCUUGUACUGGCUCAAAUGGUGGAUAAACGCCAACGAAAAUAGCAUUUACUUUGAAGUAACUGUUCACACACGAGGCUUUGCCGGCCUGGGUUUCUCCAAGGAUGGCCGGCUGGCCAGAGCGGAUAUGGUUUUGAUGUGGGUGGAUGACGCCACAGGACAUCCGAACGUCUUGGACUGCCAUGGGGCGCUGCAUCCUUCAAGCGGACCGCCGCUGCAGGACGAUACUCAAAACUACGAUGUCCUAGAUGGCAAACAAAAUGGGACGCACACAAUCCUGAAGUUUAAACGCAAAAUUGAGACCUGUGACCCAUUCGAUAUUCCACUCUCCGCUGAUACGUUUAAGGUACUGUGGUCCAUUGGGGAAAAUGAUCCUAUUCAUGGAAACUUGGAUUGGCAAGGUCAGAGCAGAGGCGUGAAAGCUUUGCAAUUGUUUUCGCCAAUGUUUACGAAAAAUAGUCACUCGAUCGAAGGCAUCCAAAAAUGGGACAUAACUGUGAACAACGUAACAAUUGAUCGGUCAAUGGAUACACUAUACUGGUGUAAAAUAGUGCGACUACCAGAGUUAACUGGCAAACAGCAUAUAAUUGGUUAUGAGCCGCUGCUGUCUGGUAAAUACGAGAGGAAUGUUGUUCACCACAUGACCCUGUUUGAGUGUCAGUCCAAGAUAUACUCUGGAUCCGAUCCUUCGUCCUGGGACCUUUGGGUUAGGAGUGCCGGCACAGUGUGCAACAGCAACCUACUGACGCCACGCGACUGGGAUUCGUGCUCUACGCCAGUUGCAGUUUGGUCCUUGGGAUCUGAUGGACAGUUUCUACCUCCCCACGCAGGGAUCCCAAUGGGCGGAGCAUCUGGAGUUAGCUAUUAUAUGCUGGAAAUACACUACGAUAAUCCCGAUGGAAAGGAAUCGGUGGAUCACUCCGGUUUUCGAAUACACUACACACCCAAUCUGCGAACCUACGAUUCCGGAAUUCUAAUAAGUGGUGUUUCCAUUUCGGAAACGCAACUCAUUCCGCCUGGUCAAAAGAAGUAUCGAUCCGUCGGCAUUUGUGGGCCGUCUUGUUCAAGCGUCAUGUUCCCAAAGGAUGGUAUUAAAAUAAUAUCCGGAACGUUGCACUCACAUCAAGCUGGUCGCACAAUUAGUCUUCGACAUGUUCGAUCUGGUAAGGAGUUGAAUCCGAUCAUUGUUGACGAAAACUACGAUUACAGGCACCAAAAAGUCCAUCAGCUUGCCAAUGAAACGGUCGUAUUGCCAGGGGAUUACCUAAUUACAGACUGUUCCUAUGAGACAAAGUACAGAAAACGACCCACAUUCGGGGGCUAUUCCACGAAGGAGGAAAUGUGUCUCACCUUUAUUACUUAUUACCCAAAGAUUGAGAUGUCCGGAUGUUAUAGUAUGACACCAGUGCGUGAGUUUUUCGAGAUGUUCCGUGUGUACCAAUUCUAUUCCUUAAAUAUGACCGAUGUCGAGAACAUGUUUCUCUACAACAGUGACUACACCGACUACAGUAAACAGGCGAAGAAUGCGACAAACAAACCAAAUUCCGGAAAAACGUCCAAAGAAGACGUCAUCUACCAGGAGUCUUUGUUAAACAAGCUUGUUAUAUCCGACCCAGCCGAAUUUCACGAUCGCACAUUUCUAUCGCAUUUAAAUCAGUUGCCUUGGCAUGAUCCUCUCUUUACGAAACGUGUUGAACAAGCAUUUAUAACCGGAACACAUAUGACGUUUUGUCGCGUAUCCAAGGAUUCAUUAUCAAUUCCUUCGGAAAUAAUUCGCUAUCCCGAGUUUACAGCGUACGUGAAGCCACCGGCAGCUUGUUUGAAUUAUUUGUUCACUGAUAAUGAAGAACUUCGUUCGGGAAGUUCACAAUUUUUUACAGACUUUACGUUAAGUCUUUUAUUACUCAUUCAGCUCGGGUUGCAAACGACAUUAUUGUAAAAUAAAAGUGCGUUUGAAAGUAUUAUUUAAGCCAUCCAAAACGUUUUCAGUGAAAAUGCUAGCUUACCAAAUGAACGAUUAUCAAAUAUUCAAAAUUAUUCUCGUAAUAUGAAACAUGAAAAUAUAUCAAAUCGAUAUAAACUAGGUACUAACAUAAAGUAAUAUACAUUUUAUAGAGAUUUAAGGUGCUUUUAAGAACUUUUUAAUUUAAUUUUAAUUUAAGAACUUUUAAAUUGGAUUUAAAAAUUUUGCACUAAAUGUAGAAAGUAAAAAAUACACCUCCGACUUGCAAACCAAUCAAAUAAUUUUCUCUUAAAUAAGUUAAAUUACCGACAAUAAAAUAAGGAUUAACUUAUAUUUAUGUUAAGGUUUUCAUAUUUUUGAAGAUUUACAGAAUGUAUGCAUCUUUUCAGGGAUACUAAUAUUAGCCUAUAUUAAAAAUGUAUGCAGUUUUCAAAUAAAGUUAAUUUUUAU